AAAAGAAAACACAUUGGGCUUUGGGUAUCGUCAAAAUGAAAGUCUUCCAUGUUAUCCCAUUGAUCUUGUUGUUCUUGUGGGGUUCCCAAGAUUCUUCUUCUGUAGUACAAUCUCGAUUGCUUUCGAUUUCAACAAAACCCGACCCAAAAGAUGCUGCUGCAACUGCUCGUUGGUUAAUCUCUUUCAAUUUCUGGGGUGUCUUGAAUACUAUCUCGACUGAUUUGGGCGGAGCACCAUUUGGCAAUGUGGUAUCAUAUAGCGAUGGAUUACCGAACCAAGGAACUGGCAUUCCAUACUUCUACUUAACUACUCUAGACCCAACAGCAAGAAAUGCUUUAAAAGAUGAAAGAGCUUCAUUCACAGUCAGUGAGUACCCUCUUGGGACUUGUGGCAAGGUUGACCCAGAGAAUCCUACUUGUUCAAAAAUUUCUCUUACAGGAAAGCUGAAAUUGGUUGAUGAAAAGUCCAAGGAAGCCGAAUUUGCCAGAAAUGCCUUGUUUUCCAAGCAUUCGGAGAUGAUGGACUGGCCGAGUGAUCACGACUUUCAAGUUUUCAAAUUGGAAAUCGAAAAUAUAUUUUUAAUUGAUUGGUUUGGUGGUCCAAAACCUCUCACGGUGGAAGAGUAUUUACAUCCUAAAACGAACAAUCAUGGAUUCAUUCUCUGAAUGCUCUUCUAAUUAUCACCUCCUAUGUGGGAUGUAAAUGCACAAAUUGUAUUUUUCUUGUUACAAAUAAUAUGUAUAUAUACUGUGUUUCAUAUCGCGUAUUCCUUCCUCAUGUGAAAAGCUUUUCUAGGCACCCACCCAUGUUAUUACAAAGGAAACAGGAUUUGUUGUAAAUGUUGGUACUAUCUCAAAUGAAUGUAACAACACAAAUUGAUCUUGGGUACUUUGCCUAGUUGUGGCUACUGUUUUAUGAAAAUAUUGCAAUGAUUGGCACACAUUAAUCUAUCUAUUUUUGUUUUCUGUAA